GUCAAUUUAUAAAUCAAUUUAUGCUCUGUAAAAUAUAAGGAUAAUGAUGAUAAGCUAAAUGUAUGUAAUGUAGCGUGUUUUAGUGGCCUCGUCUGUACUCGUAUGCACAUGACUUACAUGUUUGGCACAAAUGGCAGUUUCAUCAUAUUAUAACUAAAAUAAACCAAAAAGUAAUUGUAUAAUACAAUGGCAAAAUCAAUAUAUAAGGAGUUAGGGCUAUCCAAUAGAGAAUAUGAAGAAGCGCUAGUACUGGAACGGCUAUUCAAGUUGGUCAAAAAAAAUCCAUGUUCUACUUGUUUGUUAAAGAAACCCACACAUGUAGAUUUGGACCGUUUCGAACUUCUCUGCUCAACAUGCUCAAAAAGAUGUUCUUCCAAGGUCCAGAUAGGAAAAGGACUCAUUUCAAUGUCUGAUCUAGAUCGUCUAGAAUCAAUGUAUGGAAAGAGCAAAAAGAAACCCGACGUUCCCGCACGAAAACACAAAAGUGGGAAGUCACAUCAUAGGAAUAAAAGUACAUCUCAAUCAUCCUAUGAGAACUACAGGAGUCAUGAAAGCUACGACUCUGAUAGUUCAUACCAGCAUAGACGUAGGUCGCAUUCUAAAAAACCAAAAGAUCGCUACCCAUCAUUUAAUCGUGACUAUCCUCCUGAUGUCUAUCCGACAAAUGUUCACAAGGGUAGGCCCGUUGAACACUCCUAUACUUAUCCAUCUGGGCCUCACGGAGAAUAUCCCAGAGGUUCUAUAGAUUAUCAUGAUUCAUACCCCAAACCGGCAUACCCGUACAAGCUCCAAUAUGGUGAUGGUAAAAGGGACAUACCAGGAAUGGUUGGAAUAUUAGCUGGGCAGGGGCAUCCUCCAAAGGAUGACUGGCCAAUUGUUAGAAACAAAUGGCCACAAGUGGAAGAUAAAAGGGCAUUUCCACCGAGAAAUUAUGAUGGAUAUUCCGCUCCCAGAACAUUUUCCACUGGUUUUGUUGAAAGACCACCGAUACGUAGGACUGAACCUGGAGCACUGGCAUUGACAAACGGUUAUCCAAGUAUCAGAUCUACUGUGCAACAUACAGAGUCCAUGAAUAACAACCCGUUUGCUAAAAGAAGCGGGGACAUGGGCAACAAACAACCGUUCAACUUUUCUGGAAUGAGGGAGGCCCUUUCACUACCAAACCCUGCAAAUCCAUAUGUACAAGGUCCACCACAACCACCAGCUGAUUACAGAAUGAACAGUUAUCGGCAUAUAAAUGAUUAUCAGCCAAGGAUGCCGCCACCGGGUGACCACUACUUCAAUAAGUUUCAAUAGUGUGCACUCGAUGUUGUAUCGGGUUA